CCUCUCAGUCUCUCACCGAUCAAUCCAUCUCGUGUGCCACACCAUCCACGGCAAGAAGAGUUAGGGCUCAGCAAGAGAAAGCGAUCGAGCGAUGGCGGAGGAGAAGGGGAAGGCGGUGAUGCCGAUGGAGGUGGAUCAGGUGGAGGACGAGAGAGAGGCCGAGACGGUGGUGGAGGCGGUGCAGAAGGCGGUGUACGAUGCUUUGGAGAAGGUGGAGAUGAUGGAGGAGGAGGGAGAGGCCGCGGUGGCGGAGGCGGCGGAUAAGUUGCUAGAGGAGGCGGUGGAGAAGGCGGUGACGGAGGCGUUGGAGGAGGCGGGGUGGGACGCGGCGGAGAAGGCGUUGUCCGAUGAUUUGGAGAAGGUCUCGCUGGAGGCGGAGAGCGCUAGGAUGAUCACCCUCGAGAGCUCCGACGGCGAGGUGGUCAAGGUGAAGGAGGCGUCGGCGAGGCUGUCCAAGACCAUCGGGAACAUCAUCGAUGACGGCCGCGGCGACGAGGCCAUCCCGCUCCCGGACGUCAGCUACAAGACCCUCAAGAAGGUGGUCGAGUACUGCGACAAGCACGCCGACGAGAAGUCCGACACCGACGAGCAGAAAGAGGAGCUCAAGAACUGGGACAAGGCCUUCAUCGACGAGCUGGCCGAGGACGACGACUCCCUCGUCAAGGUCAUCAUGGCCUCCAACUACCUCAAAAUCGAUGGACUCCACAACCUCGCCUCCCAGUGCAAGACCACCCGCGAGCAGAUCGGCAAGGCCUGAAACAUCGAGAUCGAGCUCGGCGACAAGGAGGAGGAGGAGGAGGAGACCCGCCCGGAGAACGUCUGAGUCUUGAAGUAAUACUCACUAAUCUCUUAACCCGUAGUGUCCUCGUCGUGUAAUGGUGGUUCUCUCGUAGUUGUGUGUUGUGCCUCUGGUAGAUUCAGAUCGGAUCGGGGAGUUCGUGCAUCUUGUCCAAGAAGAACAGAGUCGGCUGUGUCGUUGAGUACUUUGUACUGCUGGAUCGCUUGCAUGAAGUGAAUAUUUUGCCCCGAAAUUGUUUGCUGUGUCUGCUUGGCUUUCAUGCAGUUAGUCUUCUUGUUAAAUAUUUGCUCUAUUUCUAGCUAUCUACUCGUUCGCAUCUGGUUCGAUGUUGGGAUUCCAAUCCAGGAGAUUCGGUUGCAGAUUUGCAACAUUUCUCAGUGGUCAGUGCUCGAUCGAUCAGGGGAUGUGUUUCCUGCUCUUGAGUUUGUAUUGGGUGCAAGUUUGGUGUUGCAUUUUGCUUGGAUUGUGGUUCGGAUUAAUUUGAGAAGGGGAAAAAACAUCGUUGCAUUUUUAUCUGGAAU